AAAUUGUAUUACUUAAGUCAUCAUUCUAAAAUAGCAUCUACCCCGCCCAAUGGAAGUUGCGCGCUUAAAUGUUACCAACUUAAGUUGAUACGAAGGCUGGAAUAGCACGUCGUGCAAAGCGAUAGAAGUAAAUUAAAGUGUCCGAUCAAAAUGAAUUACCACGGUGCGGAAGGGUUGGAGUUUGGUGGAGGGAAUGUCAAUGUUGACCCAAGCGUCGCUGCUGUUUUACCGAUGGGCAGCCGCGUGAUUUCCACUGAUAGUCAUGGUGUAAGCUUCUGGGUUAACACAGGGAGAAUUGACGUGGAACUCGUCGACGGCACUCCACAGGUGUUUUUCAUCAAGGUCAUCUCGAAUGAAAGAGGCAAGGAUAUGACCCGAGGAGAAUUCGAGUCUAUGAAGGCCUUGUAUUCACUUGCGCCCGGCUUUGCCCCGAAGCCAAUAGCUUGCGGAACAUACCAAACCAUACCUGAUACUCACUUCUUCUUAUCCGAGUUUCGAGACAUGAUGGACGACACACCAGACCCAUACAGAUUUGUCGAGCGUUUGGCCAAGAUCCACCUAAACAGCAGGUCCCCAAAUGGGAAGUUUGGCUUCCAUGUGACGACAUACAGUGGGAAUCUACCGCAAGUGACCAAUUGGGAAGACAGCUGGGAGACCUUCUUCACCAAGACCAUGAGAAAGGCCCUCGAUUUCGAAAUCGCAGUUAAAGGCUACGACCCGGAAUUCGAAGAGCUGGUCCCUGCUCUGUUUGACAGAGUCAUCCCCCGGCUGCUCCGCCCCUUAGAGACGGAAGGCAGGUCCGUGAAACCGUCGUUGGUCCAUGGAGAUUUAUGGUACGCAAACUCUGGGAUUGAUAUCGACAGUGGCGAGCCCGUAAUAUUCGAUGCGUGCUGUUUUUACGCCCACAAUGAGUAUGAGUUUGGCCAAUGGAGACCAAUUUGUAACAGGUUUGGGGAUGAGUACCUAGCCGCGUACAAUACAUUCGUCCAUAUCUCUGCUCCCGAGGAAGACUUUGAAGGUCGUCUAGAUCUGUACAGACUGAGAUUCGACACGCAUGUUUCUGCACUCUUCACGGAGAACCUGACUCUGAGGGUGCAAGUACUGAAUGUCAUGCGGGAUUUAGUGCAACGUUAUGGUCAUGCUGGCAGGACUUCUGUCCUCUGAACCGAUCCAAUUGGCCCCAAUGGAGAAGAUUCAUAGUGUCGUCUUCAAAGAAGUCUUCAAAGAAGGGAUUGUCGGACGGCACUAGCCUUUGAACCCUAGGGGCAGUUUUUGUUUUUCCUUUCCUUUCCUUGCUAUCGCUACAACACCCAGUUGACUGGAUAUGAAAUCUGCAAUAGGACUUAUUGCAAGCUACAACGAAAUAUAGGGUUGAGGUGUCUCUAAUCUCCCCAACUCCAAAGGAGUAAUGGUCGACAUAAGGGCCUUCAGGACAGAAAUAUAUACUUUUUGGCUAAACACUUGAGUCAGUUGCUAAUACACCAGAGGUUUCGCUCCUGAAGUUCUAACAAUUGACUAUUACCAAGGGU